UGUACGCAGACGGUUCCGGCUUCCGGUUUGGGUGCCGCUGCAGCUGGAAAAAAUGGCUGCUGACACUGGACGUUACAGGGGAGCUAUCAACAAAAACAAAGACCCCUCUGGUCUUCUCAUCUCUGUAAUAAGGACUCUGUCCCGCAGCGAUGAUGUCCAGGACAGGGAGACAGAAAAGGGACGUCUCGAGGAUGCCUUCGAGACGUGCGAUCGCGACGUGGACGAGCUCAUAGUGCAGCACUUCGCCGAGCUCACCACCGCCAUCCGGACGUACCAGAGCAUCACCGAACGGAUCACCACCUCCCGCAAUAAAAUCAAACAGGUGAAGGAGAACCUUCUGUCCUGCAAGAUGCUGCUCCACUGCAAGCGUGACGAACUGAGGAAGCUGUGGAUCGAGGGAAUCGAGCACAAGCAUGUCCUGCAGCUCCUGGAUGAGAUUGAGAGCAUCAAGCAGGUGCCGCAACGCUUGGAGGUCUACAUGGCCAGUAAGCACUACCUCCACGCCACGGACAUGCUGGUGUCUGCCGUGGAGUCUCUGGAGGGCCCCCUGCUGCAGGUGGAGGGCUUGAGCGACCUGCGCCUGGAGCUCCACAGCAAGAAGCUCAACAUCCACCUGGUGCUCAUCGACGAGCUCCACCGUCACCUUUACAUCAAGUCCACCAGUCGCCUGGGACACAAGAACAAGGACAAGAACGUGCCGCGCUUUCCAGGCUCUGCGGGCAAGGACGCGUGUCCCAUGCCGGCGCUGGACGUCAGCGGUCUUUCCACCCCGCGUAAACUACUGGAUUCGUCAAAAUUCAGCACACCCGGAUCGAGCAGCGUGCGUGAGCUUCAACAAGACGUGCGAGAGUCAAACCUAUUAGACCUCCCGGAGGUGGACCCGGAGGAGAACAGCGCAGAGUUCAUGGGCAUCCUCAUAAAGGCUCUGGCCAAGUUGAAGAAGAUCCCAGAGACCAUCAAAGCCAUCAUGGAGCGGCUGGAGCCAGAACUCAAGCAGAUAGUCAAGAGGUCUACCACGCAGAUCGCGGACCAUGCUUACCAGAGAGGAGAGAACCUGGCUCAGGAGAGUCAACCAAGGCUUCUGCUGGAGCUGCUGGAGCUCCUCUUUGACAAGUUUAAGGCGGUGGCGCAGGCGCACAGCGUCGUGCUGGCCCACCUGCAGCGCAUCGCCGUGCAGUGCCCGGGCAGCGCCCACGAGGAGGGCAUCAAGCUGUACGAGCAGGCCGACGUCUCUGCCAAGAUCCAGACUGUGCUGCAGGUGCUGCUAAUGGAGUAUCUGGAUGUGAAGAACAGCCGCAGCGCUACGGAGCCGUCGGCCCAGCUCGCUUACGCCAGCACGGGAAGCGAGUUUGCCGCCUUCUUUGCCAAGAAGAAACCGCAGCGCGCCAAGCAGUCGCUCUUCAAGUUCGAAUCGUCGUCCCAUGCCAUCAGCAUGAGUGCCUACUUGAGAGAGCAAAGACGAGAACUCUACAGCAAGAGUGGAGAGCUACAAGGCGGUGCCGAUGACAACCUGAUGGAAGGCGGAGAAAUGAAGUUUGUGUGUAAGCCGGGAGCGAGGAACAUCACUGUCAUCUUCCAGCCUCUUCUCAGGUUCAUUCAGGAGAUCGAGAUGAACAUGGGCGCGGGCCAAGCCAAGCAAUGCCAACUCCAAACCUUCCUGACGUACUACAUCAACGACCUUUUCCUAAACCAGGUGCGCACAGAGAUCAACAAAGAAAUCGAGGCAGUGAGCAAGGUGGCCGACCCUUUGAAGAUCCUCGCCAGUGCUGACACCAUGAAGGGUCUGGGUGUGCAGAGACCCAUGCUCCAGAGCACCGUGGUGGUGGAGAAGUCCAUCCAGGAUCUGAUGAAUCUCAUGCAAGACCUGAGCGCCUACUCUAACCAGUUCCUGGAGAUGAUCUGCGACAAGCUCAAAGAGUAUAAAGAUAUCUGCAACACAGCCUACAGGGCAAUAGUCCAGUGUGAGGAGAAGCUGACCAUCAGCGCUUCCUGGUCCAAAGACGAGGACAUCAGCCGCCUGCUCCAGUCGCUCCCCAACUGGGCCAACAUGGCCCAGCCCAGACAGACACGGCAGAAGCGAGAGGACGAAGAGGACUUCACCCGGGCGGCGUUUGCCAAGGAGUCGGAGGUGCUGACGGGCAACCUCGGCGACAAGCUCAUCCCCCAGAACGAGAUCCUGCGCGACGUCAGCGACCUCAAAUCUCUCGCUAACCUCCACGAGAGCAUGGAGUGGCUGUCCGGACGCCUCAAGGCCUUCUUCGCCAGCCUGCCUCAGGGCUCCGGGUUGUCGCCGUGCUCGUUCGACAGCCAGGCGAUGGGCGACGGCGAGCGCAGCCGGGAGCAGAUACUGCAGACCCUCGGCGACCUGUGCAGGGGCUUCCAGGAAAUCGGCAACCGCUGCCUCCUCACGCUGCACCUGGAAGUCAGGGUGCACUGCUUCCACUACUUGAUCCCGCUGACCAAACAGGGCAACUACGCCAUCGUUGCCAACGUGGAGAGCAUGGACUACGACCCGCUGGUGGUCAAGCUCAACAAGGACAUCUCGGCCAUCGAGGAGGCCAUGGGGGCCGCCCUGCAGCAGCACAAGUUCCAGUACAUCUUUGAAGGUCUGGGCCACCUGAUCUCCUGCAUCCUUAUCAACGGCGCCCAAUACUUCAAGAGGAUCAGCGAGUCCGGCAUCAAGAAGAUGUGCCGGAACAUCUUCGUGCUCCAGCAGAACCUCACCAACAUCACCAUGUCCCGGGAGGCCGACCUCGACUUUGCCAGGCAGUACUACGAGAUGCUGUACAACACGGCGGACGAGCUGCUCAACCUGGUGGUGGACCAGGGCGUGCGCUACACGGAGCUGGAGUACAUCAACGCCCUGUCGCUGGUGCACCGGAGCCAGACGGGCGUGGGCGACCUGAGCACCCAGAACACGCGGCUGCAGCGGCUGAAGGAGAUCGUGUGCGAGCAGGCCGCCAUCAAGCAGGCCAGCAAGGACAAGAAGAUCACCACCGUGUGAUCGGACCACCGGCUCAUCUCAAUUUUUUCUCAAUCUCCGGCGAACGGCUGCUUUCCAUUACGUCCUUAUCUCCCCGGGAAGGCCUCCCACGGGCCCGCUCCGCCCGCCCGCAAUCAGACACAGUAUGUCAAAUGAAAGCCAGUUGGCAACUGUUCCCGCAGCGGACGACGUGUACAGUGGUGCCUUGAGAUACAAGUUGAAUUUGUUCACGACCCCAAAAAAAAAAAUGUCAUAACGUAGUUUCCGUUGAAAAUGUUAGGUCCAUUUCGCCCUUGCCCAAAGGAAAACAAUUUUUUAGUGUGCUUUAAAUGAGAAAAAUAGCAUUGAUCGAUGUGUUCUUUCACCAAAGAGCAUAAAGUCGUGGUAUAAUUGAAUAGAAUUAAAAAGCAAUCAGCACACUUUUUUCCGGUGUGUACAUAUGUACGGCAAUAUGUAGCGAUAAACUGCUCGGCAUUAUUUUCUUUUUCCAUCUUCCAAACAGCUCUUUGCUGUAAAGUGAGGUCAGUCACUGUCUGCCCAAUGACAAUUUGUAUCUCAAAAAACUUCCAAUUCGGGUCACUCGUAUGUCACGGGGCCACUCUAUAUACUGUAGUGCCAAACAUAGAGAAAUACUGACAUAUUAAAACAGUAAUUGGAACAACCCA